UGCCCAUCGGCUUUUAGAGAUUUCAAUCCCAAUUUCAUCACAUUUUAGUAAUGUGAAAGGAGGAGCUCUUCAAGUUGAAAGUGUAUGCAGUAGACCAGACAAGCCGACCCUAAUUUGAGUCGAACGCGAAUUGUUUAAUCACCCUCGAGUGCCUUCUAGAUCUGUCCUACUCUCUCCAGUUGCCAAACACAUCGUCAAAGCAGUGAAAGCCCUGAAUUUUAAUAGUAAUUUUAUUAUAACAAAAGCAUUUCCACGGGUUUAGGGUUUCCUCGUACCCCACCCACGAUACGAUCGUUUCAAAAUCGGACUCAAUUUUAGGGCCAAAAAAUGCAGCCGCAGCCAACUCUUAACUCUGUCCCUCAGCUUCCACUUAAUGCUGUCACCACGGAACAGAUUCAAAAGUGUUUGGAUGAUAACAAAAAUCUAAUAUUGGCGAUACUAGAAAAUCAAAACCUUGGAAAACUUGCAGAAUGUGCACAGUAUCAAGCUAUCCUUCAGAAGAAUCUGAUGUAUCUAGCUGCAAUUGCCGAUGCGCAACAACCAGCAGCGCAAGGAGGAGCAGUGAACUCCUCACCGCAGCAGGUAGUGGUCCCAAGCUCUGCUGCUGCUACUCAACAGAUGCAGCAAACUCAAGCCACUACUGGUCCUGCUGGACUUCACCAGCAGCAGCAACAAGUUGCUGCUGUUCCAAAGUUGCCAUUCCAGCUUAAUAAUAGUAAUAAUAACAAUAAUAAUGGUGGGGGUUUCCCAUCUCCUCAAGAGCAACAACAGAUGCUCCAUUAUCAUCAGCAGCAGCAACAACAAUUCCAAGGCCAUCAUGGUUUUGUGGGGGGCGCCGCAGUUAACAAUGGCAUGCAUCAACUUAUGCGAGUUCCCUUGGAAGCCAACAGCCAUGGCCUCGGGAAAAUGGCUCCAGGACAAGGUGCUGGUGGUGCUGGUGCGGCUGGUGCGGGGGCUGGAAGGGAGGAAUAAUAAUCUUCUGGUGUAUGUCUGUAUGGGUGAUUGUACCGACUAACCGUAAUCAUGUACUGUUAAAAAAGUUUGGUAUGUAUUCAGGGAAAUGUGGUUUUACUGUAGCUUGUUCAUAAUGACAAGUGGCGGUGGUAUUGAUCAGUUUAGUGUUUUUGUUAUCAGUAUAGGUUGCAGAUUUGGGCAAUAAAGUUUGGAUCAAUAGUAAAGAUUUGGGCAAAAGAUCAAUAGUAAAGUUGUUUUUGCCAAUCAAGCAGGGAUAAAAUUCGGAUAAAAAUUGGAGGGCCU